UUAAGAAUUGAUGCUAGUCGGUCAGCACGUGGGAAGGAGAGUGACUUUCCACAGUUUCUACGGGGACACGGAUUGAAAAACUUGCGUAUUGAUAUUAUUUCACUGUUGCUUUCAUCGUGGCGGCGCCGAGGACCUUAAAACCCCAUUUAGCUGCUAGUGUCCUGUGGAAAUGCCGCUGAGGUUUCGCUCGGUCGUGUCCUACACACUGCCCGGAGUCCUCGCCCUGAUCGGCUGGUGGUGGUACAUCUCCCGAAAGAAAGAUCGAAUUUUGGGCCACAGCGAACUCAAUCAAACCUCUUCCGCCAGCCUCCGAACUUCGCCAACAGAGGGCAGCAACGGCGUGAUCGAAAAUGGCACCAACUCUCCCACAGAAGACACCGCAAGAGCCGACAGCCCUUUGCACACGACUGCAAAGAGACUGGAUCACGAUAUUAACUCACACGCUCAAGACAAUGGAGACGCAACAUUAAGAGUAGAAGAAAACUUAGAUUUAAAGGAUGAGACGCGGGAUGAAGCGUGCUCAUCUGAAUUGGACAUUUGCGAAUCAAAACAGGAAGUUGUUUUGUCCGCGCAGCUUACCAAAGUUACACAUUUGGAUCCCAGUAUUUCAGAGGGAGAGAGGCCAGAACCGGAGGGCGGAGUCGCGGGGGUGUGCACAGUUAGUCCAUUGCAAAGAGUGGUGCAGCAGAUUGACAUAGAAACGCCAAUUUUGUUGCAGGAUUUCCACCAAAAUGUCCUAACAAGCACACCAUCUUUGCUAGUAUGCACAGCAGAAAUGGAAGAAUUUACCUGUGAGAAGGUAGAUCAACAGCCAAAAGAAGUUGAGCCAGAUUUGGAGCUCCUAGCAGCUGGUUUGAUAACAGAAGUGAUCUCUGCAGCGAAGCAAGAAGUCAUGGCCGAUGCUAGCUGUCCAUUAUUGGAAAGUACAAGAAUUUGCUCACAAGAAAUAGAUAAAACAGAGCAUGAGUUACUUUCAAGAACAAGCUCUGAUGUCCAAAAAUCCGAAGAGGGAAUUUCGAAUGGAUGUGACACAGAUAUAGUUAUGGACAGAUCAAAUUGUUCAGGGCAAGCAAUGCCAAAAGUUGAAGGGGUUUUGGAGGAGGACUUGGCUUGUAGUACAUGCUACUCAGAGGUCAGCAGUGAGGACUUCCACCCAGCAGAUAAUAUCCAAGUGACUGAUUUGUCUGCGCCAGAGGAGACGACGCAGAUGGAGGUGCUGGGGGUAGAUGGAGCCGAGCGGAGAGCCCUGAGUGAGGAUGGCUCUGUGGAGGGAGUGUGUGACCUGAAGAGACUGAACGGGAUGAGCCCGGGCAACGGAGCUCACGGCACGGACGCAGAAACGGACCAGUCCGGAGGAGAGGGCUCAGAUGUGAACAGUAUGGACUCUGUGGACAGCGGCUGCAUCGGAGAGAGCAACCACAGCUCGUCCAGUUCAGAGGUCAUCAUCUGGGAAAUCGAGGUGCCAAAGCACCUGGUCGGACGGUUGAUCGGGAAACAGGGCAGAUACGUGAGUUUCCUGAAGCAGAGCUCUGGAGCAAAGAUCUACAUCUCCACUUUACCGUACACACAGGAGUUCCAGAUCUGCCACAUCGAGGGAACGCAGCAGCAGGUCGACAAAGCCUUAGCUCUGAUCGGGAAAAAGUUUAAAGAUUUGGACCUGACCAAUCUGUAUGCGCCUCCAGCUCCUCCUCCUCUCUCACUGCCCUCACUCCCCAUGACCUCCUGGCUGCUGUUGCCAAGCGGAGUCUCGGUGGAGGUGAUUGUGGUGAACAUAGUCUCUGCUGGGCAUGUGUUUGUUCAGCAGCACACUCACCCCACGUACCACGCCCUGAGGAGCCUCGACCAGCAGAUGUUCCUGUGCUACUCUCAGCCUGGGACGCCCGCCCUGCCCUCACCCGCUGAAGUGGGUGUGAUCUGUGCCGCGCCGGCUGGAGAAGGCGCCUGGUGGAGAGCUCAGGUCAUCACGUUUUUCAAAGAGUCAAACGAAGCCGAGAUUCGAUACGUCGACUACGGAGGAUACGACCGCGUCAAGAUUGACACACUGCGGCAAAUCAGAUCUGACUUCGUAACACUACCAUUUCAAGGUGCUGAAGUUUUGCUCGACAACAUAGCACCACUUCCAGGAGAGGACCGUUUUUCAGCUGAAGCCACGACUGUGUUAGAGGAGCUGACCAGAGGAGUAGCACUUCUGGCACAGGUUUCAAACUAUGACACCAACACCGGGCUCCCACUGGUCCAUUUGUGGAAGAUGGGCGGAGAUGAGGUAGUCUCUGUGAACCGCACACUGGCCGAGCGCAGGCUGGGCGUUUGGGUGGACAGCUUCUAAACUUGCAUCAAAUUUGGACCCACCUUAAUUUUUUGCAACACCACUGGAUCUACGAGGAGAUAUUUUUUUGUUUCAUUUUCGUUUUUUUUUUCUUUCACCAUUUUGCCCUGUAUAUCCUUAAAACUUCAAAAUAUUAAAGUAAUUUGCGGGCAUAACCUACA